AUGAAAGAUGAUAUAACAUUGGAAAAAUGUCAUGUAAUUCCUAAAUAUGAUGAAGAGAUAUGUGCUUUAAUUUUAGAAUAUUUUUAUGAUCAAGCAAAUCAUCGGGAGUAUCACAAAACUUUUUCUGCAAUUUCAGAAAAACAUAUUGGAAUUACACAAGAGGAAGAAGCAAGCACAGUCGCGACACAUCUUCUAAAAGAUGUUUUCAAAGUUCUUGAACCCCCCAUGAUUAUCCAAAGUGACAAUGGUAAAGAGUUUGUUGCAAGAAUUAUUACUGAAAUUUGUGAAGCUCUUAAUAUUACAAUCAGGCAUGGUAGGCCUCGCCAUCCACAGUUACAAGGUCAAAUUGAGCGACUUAACCAGACAAUGGGCCGUGAUUUUACUAAGUUGUUGUGGGAUCAAAGUAACCAGUUACAGAGAAAAGACUGGAUUAAUGUAAUUGACAUGUUUGUUAUGUCAUAUAAUUCAACUAUCCACAAAGCACAUGGCUGCACCCUGCACAAAGCAAUUUUCGGAUGGAAAAUGCAUUGUGUAUAUGAUACACCCGAUUUCUCCAGAACUAUUGCCGCUUUUGAAACUUCCACCUCUGAAACCAUCACCGCCACCUCUAAGACCACUGUUUUUGAAACCACUACCUCCAAAACUAUAACAGACGAAGCUGCUAUGGAACAAUGUAUUUCACAUAUGCUCAAAAUUCACCAAUCCAUAAAUGCUUCACUUGAAAAGUAUCGUGAAAACUUAGGCCGUAAUAAUGUGCAUAGAAAAAAAACAGCAAAUAAUAUAAUUGAAACUGGAACUGAAGUUGCUAUUGCGCCCGAUCAUAAUAUGAAUCAACAAACUCGCAAGAGAAAGUUGCAGCUGACCUUUUCAGAACAAGGUAUUUUUAAGUCCCUCAAGUCCAAUAAUUAUACUGCAAUUGUUGAAGUGAAUAGCAAAGAUAUUCAAAUUCCUGUCAAAUGGGUCCGGGCUAUAAAGAAAAAAUUGUAA